GUAUUCCUUUGUAUAAUGUGGUUCGACAAUAUUUUGGAUUUCCUAAAGCUCAAUCAUUUGCUGACAUUUCCACAAACCCUGUUGUUCAAAAAAAUUUGGCUAAAAUCUAUCCAAAUGGAGUUGAUACUGUAGAAGCGUUUGUUGGUGCGUUGAGUGAAGAUCAUUUAAAUGGUUCAAAUUUUGGCAUGGUUUUGAAUGCAAGCUUGGUGACGCAGUAUACAUAUAUUAGGGAUUCUGAUAGGUUUUGGUUCGAAAACUCUGAUAUGUUUACUUCUGAUGAACGAAUUAUCAUACGAAAUACAACACUUCGAGAUAUUAUAACUCGUAACAUUAAUAGUAGUGUAAAUUUCCCACAAAAUAUUUGGUCAGUUCAGCCUCAGAUGACACUUAACAAUAGUGAUGAUAGUAAUUAUCCAACCAAGAUUAGUACUUGGAGUCAAUAUAUUGUGAGUUAUAGAGUUGAUAUGACAUAUGUGUAUUUCAAAGUUCAACUUCAAACUUCUGAUGGCAAUGGUUGGUUUGGAAUGGGAUUUGAUCCAGAGGAUGAAGGAAUGAAAGGUGCUGAAUUUAUCAUUGGCAUUGUUACCAAUGGAAAUGUCACAUUGGGAAAUUAUCAUGCCGAUGUAGGCGGUUACCAUCCUCCUCUACGUGAUUCCAAUCAAGAUCCUACUCUUAUACCAAAGUUUUCUAUGUCUAAUAAGAAAGCU